UACAACUCUCACAUACUUUGACCAUUGGAGGGUGGCAUCACCCUAGAUAGCUACCAUGUCUACCCCACUCUGAUAUUUUUUUUCCAGAUGAAAGCAGAAGCCAAAGCAGGGUGUUUUUUUAAGAGAAAGAAAAGGCUAGAGAACCAUCCUUUUCUUCUUCCCCCCGGCCCCUCUUUUUCACACAAAAACACUCACUCUUUUCUGUUUCACUUGUGAAACCCUAAGAUAGUUCCUUCUCCUUCUCUCUCUUUUUCUCUCUCUUUCUCACUCUCAAGCUAUCCAAACUCAGAACUCUCUCUCUCUCUCUCUGCAAACUGCAACUAUUAUUAAAUACACCCUUGUUUACGUGUAUCCUCCAUUUCACCGAAAGACAAAUUAAGUAAAAGCAAGGGAAGAAGAAGAGAGCACACCCACAAACUUUGUACGGGUUUUGCAGAUCAGAGCCUCAAAGACGUGGGUGUUGUUGGUACACUCUCUCUAUAUAUCUUUUCCUUCCACAUAACCACAAACACCUUCUCUCUGUUGCUAAUUCUAUCCUCUCCCAUACCCCUACCUCAUUCUCCCACACACCCAGUAAUAACCAAUAACCGAUCAACAAAUAUCUCUGCCUCUCUCUUACGUAUUUCCAUUUUCGGCUCUCAUGGAUUCGCCCAACAGUGGCAGUAUGCAAUCCUCCAGCACCGCCGGUGAUGAAGACUACGACUCACGCGCCGACCCUUCCUCAUCAUCCUCCAUCUCUGCCUUCCUCAACAACAACCCGGUUCCUCCGCCGCAACCAACAACGUUAACCACCCAUGUUCCUCCCUUCCAAACCCACGUCUUCGACCCGUUAUCCAAUUACUUGGAUCCAACACAAAGAUCGCAGUCACACCCCAACGCCAGCCAAAUCCUUAACCUCGACAUGAUGUGGAACACGGUUGCCAGAUCCGAACCCGAUCUCGCUGGCUUGAUGCCUACCUCUUCUUCACCCUCCACGCACAACAACAGCAGCAGCCAAGGCUUUCUGUUAACUCAACUGGGAGCAGGUCAAAGUCAACCACGCGGAGGAGGAGGAGGUGGUGGUGUUAACGUUGCUGUUUCUGCUUUUCCCACCACUCUCGCUCCGGAAAGUGCUUCUCCACGAGGAGGAUUUGAACAAAACAGUACCAACAACAGCAACACCAACGUGGUUCGAAACCCGAAGAAGAGGUCGAGAGCUUCUAGGCGUGCACCAACUACUGUGCUCACUACGGACACCACAAAUUUCCGAGCCAUGGUUCAGGAAUUUACUGGCAUCCCAGCCCCUCCUUUCACUUCCUCGCACUUCCCGAGAACCAGGUUGGAUCUCUUUGCUUCUUCUAAUGCAUCUUCCUCCGCGUUAUUAAGAUCCGCUUCCUCUCAUUUAGAACAACAACAACCUCCUUCACAAACGCAAACACAAACACCGUCUUAUCUUCUCCGCCCCUUUGCACACAAAGUCCAAGCUCAACCCUCUUCUAUCCCACACAACAACGCUUUUUCUCCCAUGUUGAACACCUUGCCUUCCAACAACAAUUCCGCUUCCACUUCAACCCCCAUUCACUACCAGCACCACUCCCUAAACAUGCACAACCCAAUUCUCAGCCUCCAAUCCAUUCUCGGGAACAACGACUCUUCUGUUCUUCUUGGUUCCAAAACACAACAACAGCAGCAACGACAACAACCCUCCUUGGAAAUCACGCCCGGUGCCGUGGACUCGCACCUCAAGAUGGGUGGCUUGGAAGAACUGGGAUUGAGCCAUGCGCACGUUGGUGAUCAUCAUCACCAUCAUCAUCAUCAAAACAUGAACUUGGUUACUUCUUCAUCAGAUGGAGCAUUGUCGAGGGUCAACAACAACAUAAGCAUAAACAACAACAUGCGUGGUCCUUCUUCGGCAGACUGGGCCCAGGCCCAAAGAAUUGGCGGCAGCAAUGAUGGAGGGGUUUUGAGGUCUCUGAGUGGAGGCACUGGCACUGCUACUGCCACCUUAAACUACAGAAGCAGUGUUUCGGAUUUUCAUGGAGAGAAGGGAGCACCGGAAUGUGCUGUGGCUGCAAGAAGCGAAGAGAAUGUACAAUGUGCAGCAUAGAUUGAACUACACAGACAAAACUGUAUGUAUCCUCUCUUUCCCUGUUUUUGUCGCACCUUCUAUUCUGAUUUUACCUCUAAUGUUUGUUUGCCAUUUUGUCUGCUUCCUUGCACACUUCUUCUGUUCUUCUACACUUUUUUUUUUUCUCUUUUCCAAUUUUUUAAUUUGACGGUCAUUAGAUUCUAGGAGUAAUUUGUGGCAAGAUUUGGGGAUUCUAAGUUGCCGCAAUCUCGUUUUAUCAAAAUCAAAGACAUGUUCAUGUGUUUUUUAGACAUUUACAUAAAAAAAUAGUUUCUCAUUCUCUCAGCACCUUAUCAAAACAAAAAAGUACAAGUUCAAAAUUAACUUUCAAAAUAAACUAAACUAAACCGGCAUACAGGUGUAUGUAUUAUCAAAUGUAAUGUGUUCCACAGUUUCCAGCUAUAGCUCCAUGCAUUCACACCUUCACUAAUAUUUUAUUUUUCAAAACAAAAUUUAAAUCAUUCCCUGUUCAUAUGUUAAUUUUUAAAUGCUACAAUUAAUAAUUUUUUGCAUUCAAUUCUCAACACAUGAUAAAGAAUCUGUUUGAUAAUUAAUCACAGGCUUUUGUUUUUUUUCUAUUAAAAGUAUAACAUCAAAGGGUGAAAACAAAUUAUAAAAAACCUGCCAUGUGAUUAUUACUGAAGGAAGUAAUUUAUAUUUGGAUUAGGACGAUGGCUAAGUAAAAAAAAAAUGAUCUUCCUUAUCAGAACAUUUAUGUUAUCACUAUCAUCUGUCAUUUUUAAUAAAUAUUUAAUAUUUCUUGAUUCUUAAACUAUUGCGUUGAUGGUAACGCGAACAGUGGAGUGGCCUAAAUUUGGCAAGUAUCAGUGGGUGACUUCAAAAACUGUUACUUAAAACUAAAAAAAACAUGAUUUUAAAUAAAAUGUUUUAUUCCUUGAUCUGAAUUUAGAAAAAUGACGGUGUGGAUUCACGGAAGAAGAAAGUUUAUUUGAAUGAUGAGUUUAAUAUAAUGUUGAUUGAAUUUGAGGAAUAUUUUAUGCGUAUAAUUAGUUAUACUAGGUAUAGAAUAUGUAGGCAUGAUGUGCGAAAGAUGUGGGCAGGUGAACAAAUUAUGAAUAUAUUAAAAUAAAUUUAAAAAAAAGGUUAUUGGGUGAAAGAAAAA